CGUUUAAAGGUCUCUGAUCAGUUAUGAGUCACGGUGUUGCGGGAAAGGUUGUGCCAAAUUAGCAGCCAAAAGCGAGUAGAAAAAAAGUGACAAGAUUAUUCAACUGAAGCAUGAUUUAUCACUACUUAGAAGCUUUGAAUGCAAAGCGAAUAAUCUUGGCAAGUUCUUCUGCGAGGAGAAAAGAAAUACUAGACACGCUGGGCUUGAAAUUUGAAAUACUUGUACCAAAAUUUGCCGAAAAUUUGAAUCAAGACAGCUUUGAGCAUCCGAAAGACUAUGUUGUGGCUACAGCAACCGCUAAGGCUGAUGAGGUUCGAAAGCGGCUGAGUUCUCAAGAUCAAGUUGGUGGCGCGCCUGACUUGAUCGUAGCGUGCGACACGUGCGUGACGCUGGACGGCAAGAUCUACGGCAAGCCAAUAGACGACGACCACGCGGCUCAGAUGCUCACCAUGUGGAGCGGACGCACACAAGAAGUUAUAAGUGGUGUGUGUCUGACGCAUCGCCUCAGUGCCGACCGCCAGUGGCGGAGUAAUACCUUCAGCGAGACGACCAGCGUCAAAUUUCAUACGCUGCAACAAGACGCCAUCGCGGCGUACGUGCGUAGUGGUGAGCCAAGGGGCAAGGCGGGCGCCUAUGGUAUCCAAGGACCAGGAGGUGCGAUGAUAGAGGGCAUUGUUGGUGACUACUACAACGUUGUUGGUUUCCCGCUUCACCAUUUCUGCAAAGUUCUCCUACCACUUCUUCAGAGUAGUGAAUGAAUAACCCAUUUAAAAUGGUUCCUACUUAAAAUCCUCAUGAAAGAUUAAUAGUUACAUUAAAAGUAAAAAUUGUAUCCAGAUGGAUUCCUCAUUAAAUGCAGGUUCAAAUGCUAGUAAUUGAACUUUAAAAACUGGUUAAUUUCGA